UCCUUCAAAUCCGAAACUUUGCAAAAGCAUGGGUCCGUGCUUUUUCCCAUGUUGGGCGGUUCGUUCGGGCUGGCACCCACCCCUCCGCCCAUCAACGACCAGGGAUUUUUUGCCUCCACUUUUUAUGACUGA